AUGGAGAAAAUUACUUGGUUUUCUCUUUUGCAUGCAGUGUUGUUAGUGCAUUGUGUUGUGGCUUGUUUAGCUAGGAGUGUACCCAACAUUACCAGUGACCAAUCUUCUCUUCUUGCCUUGAAAGCCCAUAUCACUUUUGACCCUCAUGGUGUCUUGGAUAACAACUGGUCCACAUCAACAUUCGUUUGUAACUGGGUUGGAGUCACUUGUGGUGUUCGCCACCGACGAGUGACAUCAUUGGACCUUUCUGACAUGGCUCUUGAAGGUACGGUUCCUCCAAACCUGGGUAACCUCUCAUUUCUUGUUUCCCUCGACCUCAGUAACAACUCGUUCAGUGGUCAUUUGCCUAAUGAAUUAGUUCAUCUGCGUCGAUUGAAAUUCAUGAAUUUGAGUUUUAACAAAUUUAGUGGACAGCUUCCAUCAUGGUUGGGUGGCUUAACUAAACUGCAAGAGUUAUUUCUUCGUAACAAUAGUUUUGGAAUGAUUCCGCAAGAGAUUGGAAAUCUUCUGAACUUGAAGAUUUUGGACGUGGAAAAUAACCAGCUUAUAGGCCCCCUGCCACUCACCAUCUUCAACAUGUCGUCACUGCAAAUUAUUGCUUUCACAAUGAAUGGCAUAUCUGGUAAUCUUCCAACGGAUAUGUGCUAUGGUCUUUCAAAUCUCCAAGGGCUUUAUCUAUCUAGCAACGACCUACAAGGCCAAAUUCCAUCCAAUUUAUAUGAGUGCUCAAAACUUCAGAUUUUGUCAGUCUCGUCUAACAAUUUCAAUGGACCCAUUCCUAGAGGGACUUGGAACUCAACUGUGCUUGAGGUUUUAAGACUAGGCGGUAACAACUUCAAAGGUGAAAUUCCGCAAGAGAUGAGUAACCUUCUUCAUUUGGAGAUAUUAGCAAUGUCUGAUGCAGGUCUCACUGGUCUCAUUCCAUCUUCCAUCUUUAAUAUCACUUCUUUGCAAAAGCUUUAUCUUUCUGGAAAUAGCUUUACAGGUAUAAUCCUUAUAUUCUGGUUUGAUACCGGAAGAGAUUGGCAACCUUCAGAAGUUGGAGAUAAUAUCAUUGAAUUUGAAUAG